AUGGAUAUCUUUUAUUUCUAUCUUACUAUUAUUUGUAUUACUCUGACUAUGACGGUAUCGAAAACGGUUGGUUCUAAAGAUACUGACGACGAUGAUAGUUUUCAAGAUGAUGAAGAUUUAAGUAUUGAAAUACCUCGUCAACGAUCCAAUACAUUUUUACGUGCUUUUAAUUGGAAUGAUGAUGAUGAUGAUUCUCAAGAUAAUAGUUUCAUUAAACAAGAGCGAACAUUUAUUCGACGUGAUGAUUCGAAUUCAACAUAUAGAGAUAGAAACGGUCGUUUAUGUAUUUUAUGCAAAUGGAAUAUCUUACCAUGUUGUGAACCAAAUAUUUGCAAAAAACAUCACAUACGUUUUAAUGAAUGUGUUGAAAUCAAAGGUCGAUAG